AUGGUUUAUAAUAAUGAGCACCAGUAUCACAGGCUCUACGAGCACCAGUAUCACAGCCUCUAUGAGCACCAGUAUCACAGGCUCUACGAGCACCAGUAUCACAGGCUCUACGAGCACCAGUAUCACAGGCUCUACGAGCACCAGUAUCACAGCCUCUACGAGCACCAGUAUCACAGGCUCUACGAGCACCAGUAUCACAGCCUCUACGAGCACCAGUAUCACAGCCUCUACGAGCACCAGUAUCACAGGCUCUACGAGCACCAGUAUCACAGGCUCUACGAGCACAAGUAUCACAGCCUCUACGAGCACCAGUAUCACAGGCUCUAUGAGCACCAGUAUCACAGGCUCUACGAGCACCAGUAUCACAGCCUCUACGAGCACCAGUAUCACAGGCUCUACGAGCACCAGUAUCACAGCCUCUACGAGCACCAGUAUCACAGCCUCUACGAGCACCAGUAUCACAGCCUCUACGAGCACCAGUAUCACAGGCUCUACGAGCACAAGUAUCACAGCCUCUACGAGCACCAGUAUCACAGGCUCUACGAGCACCAGUAUCACAGGCUCUACGAGCACAAGUAUCACAGCCUCUACGAGCACCAGUAUCACAGCCUCUACGAGCACAAGUAUCACAGGCUCUACGAGCACAAGUAUCACAGCCUCUACGAGCACCAGUAUCACAGGCUCUACGAGCACCAGUAUCACAGCCUCUACGAGCACCAGUAUCACAGGCUCUACGAGCACCAGUAUCACAGGCUCUAG